GCUUAGUGGAGGCGGUUUUGUGGACCCAUUCCCUGCUGAAUCUCUCUCCUUUUGUUCUUUUGUGCUCUGGUAGUGGUGGAGACUUUGGUCAAUCUUGUUCCAUGGACAGGUGCAUCGAACCAGAAAGCGUCUUUCCUCGUGGCCGUCAAACAAAGAAGCCUCUCUCUCUCUCUCUCUCUCUCUCUCUCUCGCGCGCGCGCUCUCUCUCUCGAGUUUCUAUAUAUAUUUAAUGAAGUCAUCGUGACGGGCACCCAAGUUGAAAAUUUGGGUCCUGCUUCUCUUUGUUUGGUGGGUUGGGCCUUCCUCAACGUGAGGUGCACUGUUGCAGAAAACGGAGGAAACAAGGAAAGGAAGAAAGAGGCUUAAUAUUAAAUUAUAAAAUCGCGGUUUCUUCAAGUCCCUGAAAGCAGGAUCUUUUUAGGGACAAAGUCUUCAUCCUGAAGUGGGAGAUUAUUGAUGGGAGAAGUGCAGAAUUUCUUUCCUGAAGCUCAGCAAGAUGAUCUUCCAACGGAUUUAGACUUGGAGUUCGGAGGUUGCCAAACCACGACAGCAAUUGGCCAUAAACUGUAUGCCAUCGGAGGGUCUGAUGCGGGGAGUCCCUCCUGUGUACGGGUUUUUGACAAAUUGAUCGGCAAAUGGAUAACUCCAACUGUGUUAGGGGCGAACCUAGGGCCUUCAAAAGGACAUUAUGCUGUUGUUCUGAGCACGGAGAGGAUACUAGUCCUCAUGAGAGAUUCUCCACCAGACGAUUUUGCUUGGUUUCUUGAGGUAGAUACUCCUUUCGUUAAGGAGCAGAGAAAGAGAUUAGAAACUGAGGUGGUGGCCUGGAGUAAAGGAGUGAGGGGUAAUUGCCCAAAACCGAUAGUCAUAAGUGGUCCUUCUGGAGUUGGGAAGGGAACUUUGAUCUCCAAACUAAUGAAGGAAUUUCCGUCCACAUUUGGAUUUUCUGUAAGCCAUACCACUCGAUCUCCAAGAGUUGGGGAGAAGGAUGGGGUUCAUUAUCACUUCACAGAGCGACAUACCAUGGAGAAUGAUAUAAGAGAAGGAAAGUUUCUUGAGUCAGCUGCGGUGCAUGGGAAUCUCUACGGUACAAGUAUUGAUGCUGUGGAGGCAGUUACAGAUGCUGGAAAGAGGUGUAUCCUUGACAUUGAUGUUCAAGGAGCAAAAUCAGUUAAGGCAAGUUCCCUUGAAGCAAUAUUCAUCUUUAUCUGCCCCCCAACCUUUGAAGAGCUUGAGAAGCGCCUUCGGGAAAGGGGGACUGAAACAGAAGAACAAAUUCAGAAGCGUCUUAGAAAUGCAAAGGCAGAGCUUGAGCAAGGGAGAUCCUCUGGUGUCUUUGAACAUGUGUUAGUCAAUGAUGAUCUUGAGACCUGCUAUGAAAAUCUCAAAAAUAUUUUAGGACUGAAUGAUGGAUUCUGUGAAGUAAAUCCACCAGCAUUGAAAAACUUUGAGUUGCCUGCUGGUUAUUUAGUUCUGCAGUUGGAACAGAAGGUUCUGAUAUAUGGUGGAACUACCAGCCUAGGAAAACCAUCAAGUGUCUUAUAUAUUCUUGAUGUUUCAACGCUAAAAGGGGGUGCCCCAGGACGGACAAGGGGACUGAAAUUACAUGAGGUUGGCCCACUUGCAGACAUUUAGGAUGGGAAACAGCACCUUCAUGGUUCUACAUAUUAGUGGAGGUUACCAGAUUUAGCAAAAUACUAACUUGAACAAAAUUUUUGGAUUGACAAAUGGGGAUGAUGAUUUCUAUAAGAUUCCAGUAUAUGCAAGUUGUUUCUGGUCUUUGGCAUCAAAAUAUUUGGUAGGAUAUUGGGAAAAUCAAAGCAGGAAGCGUGGUUCCUCAGGAUGAACUGGAAAGACAUUGAAGCGUCUAGAAAUGAAAUAGGGAACUGGCACACACACAGUAUGAUAGAUGAAAAUUGGAGUAAGGUAGAAUUUAGCUGCAGGAAAGCAUUCUUCUGCGAGGAAGGUUUUGGGGACGACUUCCUGAAUCACUAGGGGAUCUUCUGGUUUGUUGUGGAUAGAUACAUUGGCAAGGGCAAGAUUCAUUCUUUUACUUGUUUUAUGAUGGAUCAACCGACCAAUUAUUUUAUAGACGCAAAAUCAGAGGACCUGGAAAUGGAAGAUCUUGGCUUACCCUUCAUGGUAUGAUUUCUGUAGAAGAGUUCUGAUUUUGCAGUGAGCAGUCCAUUGCAUUUAGCUGUCCAGCGCUGUGCGGACGGAUAUUGGGUUUUGGCUGUUGUUUUUUUUUCAACUUAACCAUGAACUCUGAAGGUUCAAAUUAAAAAAUUAUCGAAAUACAGAUUAAAUUUUAUAACC